CCGACUUGCUGUGCGCGUUGAAAAACAUAUUUUUUAUUUUCUUUUCCGGUUUCGAAACGUGGUGGCCGCGGCACACACCGGAUACGGUUGGUCACACCGCAUUUUACGUUGUGAUUCGCGUGCGUGUGUGUGCGACGUAAAUAUUUGUUGUGUUUACAUGUUAUUACUUAUUAUUAUUUUUCGUGUCGAAACAGAAUAAUUGCUAUGAACCGUCCGCCGUGUACGGUAUUUCGCCGUCCGUGAACACCGUUUAAUUGUUAUUUAUUUAAUCUCAUGAGUGUACACAUGUAGAUUUUUUUUUUAAUUUUAAAAUUUCGUUUUUAUUUUUAUUUUUUUUUUUAUGAUUGUUGCUGAACUUAACUUUGCCGCCGCUGUGACCGUUGCCUAUCGUCAGGAGGAGGACGUCCGUCAACUUUGCCGUCACUGCCACCACCGCCGUCGUCGUUUACCGUUUAUCGCGUCCGUUGUCGUCGCCGCCGCGCGUAUCCGUCGUUCCACGUAAUUUUUGCUGUUUCCUGAUUAAGUCGUGUGCACUAUAAUCUUCACCAAUGGGCGACCGAGUGUACGCGGCUGAAAAGCUCAUGAAGAAGCGUGUCAGGAAGGGCAGAGUUGAAUAUCAUGUAAAAUGGAAAGGAUGGGGACCUAAGCACAAUACUUGGGAACCCGAAGAAAACAUUAUUGACACCAGACUUAUUGAUAUUUUUGAGCAAAGUCAAACACGUACAGAUAAUAAUUCUCAUAAACGAGGUCCUAAAAGAAAAACACAAAAUGCACACAUUGAAACACCAACUACAGAACCUACCCGAAGUGACUAUGAAGAUGAAAAUGCAGAUGGUGAUGUACCUGAUUAUAACAGCCAAGACGAAGCUGAAGUGUGUCCAGAGUCUACAAAUGGUGCACCUUUAUUGCCCAGACAUGAUGAUGACACUGAAGAAGAUAAAACAAUUGAUGAUGAUUCAUUGGCAGAAAUGCCAAAGUUAAAUGCAGCUGUAAAAGUUGAAUUGAAAGAAGAAAAGAUAAGCGAAGAAAAGAAGACACCAAUCAUAGAAGUUAAUGAUACACGAGAAGAAGAAAAGUUAUCUCCAGUGGUGAAACCUGCACCUUCACUUCUAGUACCAUCUACACCGAAACAAUCUUCCAAAUCACCUCCACCUUUACCUAAACCUCAAAAAGUUAAACGUAAAGCAGAGGUUUUGUCUAAAGAAUCUGGUAAAGUUGGUGUAACUAUAACUACCAGUCCUCCCGUGACAGAUUCUAAAGUGCCCAAAUUACAAUCUCCCACCAAUAUUCAAAACACAAAUAGUUUUCCUUCAGUAGUACCUACUCAAGAUGGUGGAAGAACUCCUAAAAGAAAAACGUCAGAACAUGCGGUUCCUGCAGUUUUAACAAAUCAAAUUUCCCCAGCACCUGAAAAUCAACAUUUAACCCUGACGGCUAUUCUUCAAAGUACUCCAGCAAGUGUAAAAUCAAGAGACACUUUAGCUGCAGCAGCGCCCAUCAGUUCCCGGACAUCUGGUGAACCAGCUAGGCCGCAGGAGGAUGCUGCAACUGCUGUAACUCAAGGGGCUGGGGGUCAACAUCAGGUACUUGAUACAGCAUCCGUUGCUGAAACUCCCACUCAGCGUUUACAGUACAAGACGAUACUUGCAAACCCAGGUCCUGAGUAUUGGCUUGCACGUAAUCCAGUUGUAGAUAAUGUUUUUAUUACUGAUGUUACAGUUAAUUUGAACACUGUGACAAUUAGAGAAUGUAAAACAGAAAAAGGAUUUUUUAAGUCUAGUGUUGAAACUAGAAUUUAAUGAAAUUUAUGUUAAAUUUUUAUUUAAAUAAUAAUCCUAUGGUGUUAGAUAUAAUAUGGUAGGAGCAAUAUUUUUUUUUAUGGCUAAUAAAUAGAUAGUUAUUACAGUUAUUAGUAAAAUAUAAAUAUAUUUUUAAAACUAUUUAUAUAUAUAUAUAUAUAUACAGGGUGAUUGAUGAAGCUGUGUUUCAAGCACUGAAUAAUAUAUACAUUUUGAAAAAAUGAGAGGUUAUAUGCUUAGAUGAUUUUUUAAGCUGUGUUAUCAUCUCAUAAUAUGAGAUUAUCUUUAAUUUUGUAAUUUAAGUGAUUCAAAUAUUUUGUAUUUUGCUCAUUCAAUGUUUUGACAUGAAGUUUAUUGCAAAUAUUUUCUCAUGUAAACAUUUUUGUACUUCUACAAUUAAAUGUUUUUUAUCAUUAAUUGUUCUUGACAGAAUUUAUAGGUCUUCCAUUUGGACAACCAAAAUCUAUAUCAGUGAUUUAUUCAAGCCUAUACGUCACCCUGUAUUGUAAGUAUAGAAAAUUCUUCAAAUUGAUUUUUGUGAGCUAUAUAGCUAAACAGAUUCACAUUUCAAGUUUUUUCCCUAAUAGUAUUAAUAUCUUUCAAUCAAAUCUUGUUACAAUAUUUUUACCAAAUAAUGCAUUGAAUGUUUAUUUUAUAUUUAAAUGAGCAAUUAAGAUCGGACUUAUGUGCUUAAAAAUAAGUACAAACAUGCCCAAUAUUCUUCCCUAAUAUAUUCUAAGAGUCAAUUUAAAAAACAGUAUUUAUAGAUUACCUAAUAAUAAUUAAUAUUAUAAUGAACCACUUGAUUUUAUAAUAAUGGAUUAUGCGAUUAUUUAAUAUUAUGUACGUCAUAUUUUUUAAGUUUUUAUUUAAUUAUUGUGUAUUAACUCAACAUAUAUGUUAUUGAUUUCCUCUAAUAGUGAGUUCACAGAAACAAUUUUAUCAACCCAAAUGAUCUCUAGUUUGUCAUGAAUUUUGUUUUAUAUACAUACUAUAAUAUAUUUACUGGUAGCAAAAAAAAAAAUAUAUAUUCCAAGCUUAAUUUAAAGUGUAAACAGCUAUAAGAAUUGUUGAAAAUCCAAGUUAAAUAAAUAUUAUAGUCUAAAUUGUUCUUCUAAAAUGGUAUAGGGGUAUGAAAUGUAUUUCCAAUAAUCUGAAAACUAAAAAAAAAAAAUUAGGAAUGAAUAAAACUUAUAAAUUAAAAAAAAAAAAAAAAAAUUAAAAUUAAUUUCUUGUAAAUUAUAUUUUCUUCUAGUUUAAUAUUUAUAAUUAUUUAUAAGUGUUAUUUGUUGUUUAAACUAUGUUUCUCUUCAUUGCUUUUCCUCUUUACACUUAUUAAUUUAUUAUUUUACCCAACAUUUUUUUAACAUUAUUAUUUAUAUUAUUUUUAUUAUGAUUAUGAUUGCACAUUAAUUUCACUAUGAUUUUUAGCACCCGAUAUUCAUAAAAAAAAAAAAAAACAAAGUAGUUUUUUAUUUGGUUUAGGGAUUGUGCCGUACUAUUACUUUGUUAAUUUUUUUUUUUUUAUUGUUUCAUGGAAGAUGCGGUACACUUCCUUAACAAAUUAAUAGUAAAUUAAGUUCUAACAUACAACAGUUAAUUCAUAAUUAUUGUGUUUAUUUGAUUAUUUUAGUUAAGUUUUAAAUAACAAUUUACGUAACUGUAUCACUGGUUGCUUUACGUAGAUUUUAUUAAAAAUUAAAUAUAUGCUUUGUUUCGUUUAAGUUUUCACAUGGAAAAAAAUAUUGUGUCCAACUAUCUUUUAUCAUCAUAUGUAAGGCAUAUUGUGGUUUGUUUUAAACCUAAAUUUUUAUUUGUUCGAUUUCUUAACUAUUAUUGACUGUAUACAAAAUUCCCAUAAAAACCAAAACUAAAGCAUUAUAAUGAUGUUCUCUAUUUUAUACCCAUCUCUAGUCAUGGCCGGUCUUUUCUAAUCGAAAUGAAUGUAUUGUUUUUUUUUUCUAUGAAAAUGUAACGUUUUAUUGUUAUUAAUUAUUGUGAAUUUUGAUGCAAAAGUAUUAAUUACAGGACACGAUAUUAUAAGUGGCAUAUUUUUGUGUUGCAAUAUUUACAUUGUAGGAGUUUUACUAUAGUUAUAUGUGCCUUUGUAAUAAAUGUCGAGGAUGUUUAAAUAA